CGCAGGGGCGGAGCCCCUCGGGUCACUGGGCGGUGGCGGAAUUGAGGGGCGCGGGCGGACAGCCAGGAGCUCAGCCUCACCUGCGCAGGGGGCGGGGCGGCGCGGGAACGCACCUGUGCUGGCGGGAGGCGGGCCCCGGAGUAGCCCUCGGGCUUGCUCAGCGCUCGGAGCCCGGCGGCCCGCCGCAGGCCUCGGCUGGGAGCGCCCCGGGCCGCCGCCAUGACCUGGAGCGUCUCUGCGCGGGGCGCGCACCAGCCGGACAACACCGCGUUCACGCAGCAGCGCCUCCCCGCCUGGCAGCCGCUGCUGUCGGCCGGCAUCACGCUGCCGCUGUUCUUCUGCGCCGGCCUGGCCUUCAUCGGCCUGGGCCUCGGCCUCUUCUACUCCUCCAACGGCAUCAAGGAACUGGAGUACGACUACACGGGCGACCUGGGCACCAGCAACUGCUCGGUGUGCGCCACCGAGGGCCAGGGCCGCGCGCCGCCGCCCAACUGCUCAUGCGCCUGGUACUUCUCGCUGGCCGAGCUGUUCCCGGGCCCCGUCUACCUCUACUACGAGCUGUCCAACUUCUACCAGAACAACCGGCGCUACGGCGUGUCCCGCGACGACGCGCAGCUCAGCGGCCUGGUCAGCGCACUGCGCCACCCGGCCAACGAGUGCGCUCCCUACCAGUUCAGCGCCUCCGGGCUGCCCAUCGCGCCCUGCGGCGCCAUCGCCAACAGCCUCUUCAACGACUCUUUCUCGUUGUGGCACCAGCGGCCGCAAGGCGGACCCUACGUCGAGGUGCCGCUCGACCGCACCGCCAUCGCAUGGUGGACCGACUACCACGUCAAGUUCCGCAACCCACCACUAGUGAACGGCAGCCUGGCGCUGGCCUUCCUCGGCACGGCACCGCCGCCCAACUGGCACCGGCCUGUCUACGAGCUCAGCACGGAUCCCAACAACACCGGCUUCAUCAACCAGGACUUCGUGGUGUGGAUGCGCACGGCGGCGCUGCCCACGUUUCGCAAGCUGUACGCGCGCAUCCGGCAGGGCAACUACUCGGCCGGGCUGCCCCGGGGCACUUACCGGGUCAACAUCACCUACAACUAUCCUGUGCGCUCCUUCGGUGGCCACAAGCUCAUCAUCUUCAGCAACAUCUCAUGGAUGGGUGGUAAGAACCCUUUCCUGGGCAUCGCCUACCUGGUGGUCGGCUCCCUCUGCAUCCUCUUGGGAUUUGUCAUGUUGGUCGUCUACAUACGCUACCAGGACCAGGACGAUGACGACAAUGAUGACCAGUGAUGUCUGCUUCCAAAGGACCCCUUCUUGCUUCUUGCCCAAUGGCUUCUUGCGAGCUGCUUUUGGCGAUCGCCCCCAACACAACUUCAAGCUCACUGAUCCCCUUGCGCCCUUAUCGUGGACCAGAGGCCUGGAGACAGGAAUGACUCACCCCCCCUUCCUCUUGGAGAUACAGGACCGUCGUGCGGGGAGGUUUGAGACUGCAGGCUCCAUCUCCUCCAUGGCUUACCGAGUUGACAUGUCAGGUCCUUAAAGUCUGUAACAAAGCAAAAAGGACAGGAGAAGUUCGUAGUCUGGGAGGAUUAGCCAUUUUAAAAAACUCGUUCAAGACCAGCAGCCUGCAAUUGGCCCCUGAUUCUGGGUCCUAAUCUGGUCCUUCAGUACAGUCCUUCAGCACAGUUUUCCUGUCAAUGGGUGUGUGUGAGUGUGUGUGAAGGGGGGGGGGGCGAUUGAGAUGGAGAGUGAGUCUCAUUGAUAGCCUGUAGAGGCUUGGAGGGGUGGGACAACAUACUUGUUACAAAUGUAAGUAAACUAAAAGGCAUCAACCCCACAGGUUCUGACCAGCAGGGCCAGUUUGAUCCUUUCAAUGCUGUGUUCAAGUAAGCUUCCCUGGACAUUCCUGUGUUCCCUUCAAUUUAGGGAACCACACUGUCCUGAUACAGGCCUGAAACACUCACCUGUGUUCAGUUUUUCUGCUAGUAAUUUGUUCCCAGGAGCAGUGAUGAUCAUAAUGUUCAGGUUUGAUGUAGCACUGUGCCUUAAACAUAAGAAGCUUGCAGUUUGUGGAAUGAAUGAGAAAAAUCGCUGUAUGCUAAUUAGCAUUCAGAUUUGCAGGGCUCAAGUAUGUCAACUCAUGUAAUUGAAUGUAAAAGAAAACUUUGUUAGACGUUAUAUAAAAAAAUGCCAGACCAGUUUGUAUAGCUCAGAGGGAAGUGUUUUCACUUUAGAAUCAGAUAGCUUGCAAGUGACCUUAGCAAUUUCCCUCUGGUCCUUUGUGUCCCUGACUCCUUGCUCAGCCUUCUUUGGUAUAAGAUUAUUGUUUUUUGUUUUUUUGUUUUUUUGUUUUUCAGUGUUUAAGGGAAAGGGCUCAAUUCAUAUCUUUUCUCAAAGAAUUUUCUUUAAAUUUUUUGACUUAUUGUCAAAUGAAAUUUGUUUCUAGUAUAUGUUGGAAGAAUACUGAGGGGUGUAUUCUAAUAUGUAAGGUAGACUCAGGAUUAGUUAAGCCUUUAAGAUAAUGUUAAAAUCAGUGAGUUGAUUUUUUCUGAUUGCCUACAGUCAAUAAUAAGUUCUUCUAAGAUGCAUUUAGGACAUUGUUAUUUAAAAACUUUUUUAUGGCACGAUAACUUGAAAAAAACUUAAGAUAUCUUGUGAUCCUUCCAGUUCUCUGCUGAAAGCACUUAUUUGGUAGUUGUCAGAAUUCUCUGGUUCUCUCUAUUACAGUUAUUUUCCAGUUACUGGUUUAUUUUCAUUCCUUAAAGGUAGCUCAAGGUCUUGAGGCAAGUUUUAUUUUCCUGGUAGUCAUAUAUUGAAUUAUAUUGAUUAGUUUCCAUUGAUUUUAUUAUAUACUGUUAUAGUUCUUUGAUAAUUAUUAUUAGAUGGACAGCAUGAGUGUCAUUGAUGUCAGUCUCAAAUUUGGGGGGACUUACGUAUAUCAGGAAAUACUUUAGUGAUUCCGAUGUGCUGACUUUCUGACUUCUAAAAUGAUAAAAUUUAAUGUCAAAUCACAUACUGUGACUUUAGGCUAUGCAGAUCUAAUCAUUACAUGUACUUUGAGUAAAUUUUAUUUAUUAUGGAUGUUUGAUUGAGCAGCUGCCUAGCCCAGCCCUCCUCUAUGUUGGAUAAGAGAGUUUAGUAGUUUUUUUUUCACUGUAUUUGAAAGAACUAUGAAUCUUGCUACCAUUGUAGAAUAUCAGUCUAUUGUUACAAAAUUUUAAGUGAGACCAUGAAACUUAAGUUACUGUGAUUCAGUUAUAUUUCCAGGCCCUAUUUUGUGAGUUUUUGAAAGAGAUUAAAGGUUAUAUUUGUCUUACCUUUGUUAUCACAUUUACUUAAUUCUUUUGAACUAUGAUCUUAAAGGUACAAACAGCAGCAACCAUUUUCUUUGUUAAUAGCAGAUUUAUAUUGCAUCCAGAAAAUCAUCUUUCAGAGUAAGAUUCAAAGUGAAACGAGUCUUUUAUUGUUAACUUCCAAAACAGAAUUUGAACUUGUAUCUACAUCCUAUAUUUGAAGUAUUGUUUGAAUUUGAUAUUCAGUUACUGUUUGAAUUUGAUGUUGAUAUUUAAAUUUUUCACAUGAAAAGUUAUUAAAGAAUGUGAUCACAGCA